CCCCCUGCUUCAGUGCAGAGACAGCUGCAGACACCCGACCCAGUGAUUAACACAGCCAGCACCUCUCUGCAGCGUUUCUGGAUCUCCUGACGCUCUCUCCUCAUCCGGCCGCAGCCCUUCACUCUGCUAACCACAGCAGGUACAGCAUUACCCAGAAUCCUUCGCUCUUCCUCGCUUGCCGCCCAGCCUGGGCUACGGAGGACAGGAUGCCUUUCGGAGGAGGGAACAAGUGUGGCUGCUGCCAGAAGACUGUGUACUUCGCUGAGGAAGUGGUGUGUGAUGGCCGGAGCUAUCACAAGUCCUGCUUCCUGUGUCUGGUUUGCAGGAAGAACCUGGACAGCACCACGGUGACUGUGCACAUGGAGGAGCUGUACUGCAAGGCCUGCUACGCCAAGAAGUUUGGGCCAAAGGGCUACGGCUACGGUGCAGGAGCCGGAACCCUGAGCAUGGACACGGGCGAGGCCCUGGGCAUCAAACCCCAACAGUCUGAACCCCAUCGGCCCACCAACAACCCCAACACCUCCAAGUUCGCCCAGAAGUUUGGGGGCUCGGAGGUGUGCCCGCGGUGCGGCAAGGCCGUCUACGCCGCCGAGAAGACCGUGGGCGGCGGCAGCGCCUGGCACAAAGGCUGCUUCCGCUGCGCUAAGUGUGGAAAGGGCCUGGAGUCCACUACCCUGGCCGACAAGGAUGGGGAGAUAUACUGCAAAGGGUGUUACGCCAAGAACUUCGGGCCCAAGGGAUUCGGCUACGGUCAGGGGGCUGGGGCUCUCGCACACGCUCAGUAGAGCGCAGGCCCCUCGACAGCGCCCCCUGUGGCCCCACUCUCUUCCCAGUGAUGCCACCCACUGCAUCACUGACCCCCCAUCCCCCCCCCCAUAGGGAAGGGACCUGAAAUCCUCAAUCGCUCACUUGCAGGUGAACCGCUCACGCCAGCAAAUGUUUACCCAGCUAAUUAUUUUGUUUGUUGUUAAUGGAAUAAAAGCACAAAGGGGUAGCCGUAGUGUCCGUUUAGGCUAUGCAUGUCACGUGGAUGUUAAUCAAACCACUGGCUUUCCGCUACCGGCCUGGAAAGACGCCGGCAGAGCGUCGGUACCCAAACAGUGACGCAUCAUCAACACUAUGGAGCACGGGCCUUGUGAUCUUGCCUCUCCAGUUACAGGACUCUGUGAUCGCUUCCAAAACAGCUUGCCACCUAACAUAUCCCUGCCUCCUCUUCCAUCAUAGAGAAUCCCUCGUCCUCUUGGGCACCCAGGCUGUCUAAUGCUCCAUUUCUACUCAUUAACAAAACUGUCAGCUUGCUCUACAUCCAGAAGGGAAGACAAUGGAUAAAUAAACUGAACUUGUGCCAUAUUA